GCCCCCGCCAGACUGCGGAGCCCCAGCCCAGUGGGCGGGCCGGGAGCGGGAGGCAGGCCCCACGCAGCUGUAGCAGCUCGGGCCGAGCGCAGGCGCUGCUCCCUGUCGGGAAGCGGGCUCCGACCCGCAACGCUGCGUCCAUGAGCUGCGAGGUUGUUGCGCUGUACUUUGCCAGGAGCGCUGAAUUGGCAGGUGUUCGCUCUGAGACUAUUUCUGUACCACAACAAAUAACAUCUCUACAGCUGUGGGAAGAAAUUGUUAAAAGGCAUCCAAGACUUGCUGCCAUUCAAGAUCAAGUGGUCUUCGCUGUUUGCCAGGAAUACGUGCUCCUCGGAGAUCAGCUUCUGGUCCUGCAGUCAGGUGACGAGGUUGCCAUUAUCCCACCGAUCAGCGGGGGCUAACUCCAUGCAAAUAUACUUGGGUCUGGUGAUUUGUGGAUAAGAACAGCCAUACUGGAUCAGACCAAAGGCAUCUAGCCCACAAUUCUGGCUUCUGAUGCCCAAGUGGGAAUGAAGACAGCAAAGCCAUGAAUGAAAGUGACAAUGAGCCCAAAGAUUUCAUCAAACUGAACAAUGAAAAACUAUCUACAGAUGAAAUCAUGGAGCUGGUGGUUUCUCCAUGCUGUGGGGCUGUGUCCCUGUUCAUAGGUACUACAAGGAAUAACUUUGCAGG